UUUUCUUUGCUCACCGCUGGAGAUGGCUAAAAGCACGUUUGUGUUCUUUGCUCACCCCAGUCACUAAGCGAAACGAUCAUGGAGGCAUCUGCGACACUCAGAUUCGUCACACACACCCUCUCCCUCUUCCCACAUACACCCAUCUCUUCUAUUUCAGUUUCACCAAAAUUCAGUUCAAACACUACGCUGUCGGUGGCGAAGAAAAAGUCAAGCAUCGAAGGUGUGAGCGAAGAGUUGAACGCCAUGACCUCUCAGAACCUUGACUUCGCACCCUCCCGGAGACGGGUUCGUGCAGCUUUCACCGAGGUGCACCAGCAGCUCGACCAUUUCUUGUUCAAGAUUUUGGAUUUGUUAAAGAAUCAGUCAUUGAUUUUGAUGUUUCAAUCUCUUCAUGUGUUUGUCUUUGGUUGGCAAACUAGACUGCUCCUGCCGGGAUCAGAACUGAGGAAUGGUAUGAAAGGAAUUCUAGGGGAUUGGAAAUUUUCUGCAAAAACUGGAUGCCUGAACCGGGCGUUCCACUCAAGGAUGCUUUGUGUUUCUGCCAUGGGUAUUGCCAAACGAAUAGAUGCUUCUGGGUAUGGUGUUUAUGCUAUGGACUAUCCUGGUUUUGGUCUAUCUGAAGGAUUACAUGGUUACAUACCAAAAUUUGAUGAUUUGGUUGAUGAUGUUAUAGAACAUUAUACAAAAAUCAAAGCUAGGCCUGAGGUGAGAGGGUUGCCACGAUUCAUAUUGGGGCAGUCAAUGGGCAGAGCAAUUGCUCUUAAGUUCCAUUUGAAGGAACCAAACACUUGGGAUGGAGUAAUCCUUGUUGCACCAAUGUGUAAAGUUGCAGAGGGCAUGCUACCACCAAUGGCAGUUUUGAAGGUAUUAAAUCUUUUGUCUAAAGUGAUGCCAAAGGCAAAACUGUUUCCGCACAGAGAUCUAUCUGCACUGACUUUCCGAGAACCUGGCAAGAGAAAAGUGGCUGGUUACAAUGUUAUUUCUUAUGAUCAUCCAACAGGAUUGAAAACUGGCAUGGAGCUUUUAAGUGCUACUCAAGAAAUCGAGUCACUAUUACAUAAGGUUUCAGCUCCAUUAUUGAUUCUCCAUGGAGCAGACGAUCUGGUGACAGAUCCAUUAGUGAGCCAAUUUCUUUAUGAGAAAGCUUCUAGCAAGGAUAAGACACUAGAAAUCUAUGAAGGAAGUUACCACGGCAUUUUGGAAGGGGAACCUGAUGACAGAAUUUUUGCUGUGCACAAUGACAUUAUCUCAUGGCUUGAUUUUAGGUGCUCACUUUAAAUGAGGUUCAUGCUAUUGUGUUGCUGACCCCACCAAGAUAUUUUUGAUCUUAUAGUGAACACCCAUCACAAAAGUUACCUCACAGGAAUGGCACCUCUAUUGCUUCUUAUUAUGGUAGUUACAUAUACAUGUCAAUAUAGCUUUCUACUUUAUCAGAGGCUCAUUUAUGAGUUUAAUCUUACAAUUCGCUUGUUGGAUUUUCUAACAAGAUGUAAUCCAUUGGUUCCCGUUAUUGUGAGGUCUGACCAUUAAUAAAGUUUCAUUAUCCAGUAAAAUGGUUUUGUUUCUCUCGGGUAA